AUGGACUUGUUUUCUGCCACAACAUGGACUCUACUGGCGCUCCUUAUCACGCUCCUUGUCAUCUAUGGCUACUGGAACUACAAUACUUUUAAAAAACUGGGCAUUCCUGGUCCAAAGCCAGUGUUCUUCUUUGGAAACAUGCUCAACUACAGGAAGGGUUUUAUUCACUUUGACAUGGAAUGCUCCAAGAAAUAUGGCAAAAUUUGGGGCAUUUUUGAUGGCCGAAGUCCUGUUCUAUGCACUAUGGAUACUGCCAUAAUCAAGACAGUGCUCAUCAAAGAGUGUUACUCGGUCUUCACCAACCGCAGAAACUUCCGUUUGAACGGUCCCCUGUAUGACGCCGUCAGCAUCGCUGAGGACGAAGACUGGAAGAGGAUACGAAGCAUCCUCUCGCCCUCCUUCACCUCUGGACGACUAAAAGAGAUGUUUGUGAUCAUGAAGCAUCACUCGGCAAACCUAGUGAGCAGCAUGAAGAAGGCAUCGGACCGCAAUCAAGCUCUGGACCUCAAAGAGUUCUUUGGCCCAUACAGCAUGGAUGUGAUUACCAGUACAGCCUUCAGCGUGGACAUUGACUCCAUCAACAACUCCGCCGACCCGUUUGUCACCAACAUCAAGAAAAUGCUUAAGUUUGACUUGUUCAACGUGCUUUUCCUCAUCAUAGUCUUCUUCCCCGCCCUUGGUCCGAUUUUCGAGAAGAUGGAGUUCUCUUUUUUUCCAGCUGCUGUCUUUGACUUCUUUUACUCCUCGCUGCAGAAGAUCAAAUCCAACCGCGAGAGCAGGUUACUGUUGCAAGCAAAUGAUGACUUUCGCAUAAUUCCUCAGGAUCGAGUGGAUUUCCUGCAACUGAUGAUUGAUUCACAGAAGAAUGCCGAACAGGAUAAGAAAAAAGGUCUGAGCGACCACGAGAUCCUCUCCCAAGCGAUGAUUUUCAUCUUUGCUGGCUACGAGACCUCAAGCAGCUCUCUUAGCUUCCUGGCGCACAAUCUGGCCACUAAUCCUCACGUUAUGAAGAAAUUACAAGACGAGGUGGACACCACUUUCCCCAACAAGGCUCCUGUGCAGUACCAGGAGUUGAUGGAUAUGGAGUAUCUUGACAUGGUAAUCAACGAGUCCCUUCGUUUGUACCCCAUCGUGCAGCGCUUGGAGCGGGUGGCUAAGGCCAGUAUUGAGGUCAAUGGCGUGGUCAUUCCCAAAGGCAUGACUGUUGUGGUGCCCACCUGGCCGCUGCACCGCAAUGAUGACCUGUGGCCUGAACCUGAAAAAUUCAAACCAGAGAGGUUCAGUAAGGAAAACAAAGAUUCGAUUGACCCAUACGCAUAUUUGCCGUUUGGAGCGGGCCCUCGAAAUUGCAUUGGAAUGCGCUUCGCAAUGGUUAGCAUGAAGCUGGCCAUUGUAGAAAUCCUGCAGCGGUACAACUUCUGUGUGUGUGACGAGACAGAGAUAAACAUCGAAAUGGACGUGCAGGGCCUGUUGAUGCCCAAGCGACCCAUCAAACUGAAGCUGGAGCCUCGAAGCUGA